AAAAAAAAAACAAUAAAUCCAAAACUGAAGCUUUCCAAUCAUGUCCCAUCAAAUCCAUGAUUACUCGAUCAUCCAACUCCUGAGCAACAAUGCCGUUAAUAACCAAAAAAAAAAACAAACAAAGGAACCUACAGGCGACAAAUAAUAUCCAUCUAAACCCUAGGGCGUGGCAUAAAAAGCGCGCAGACGCUCGAUACCUUUAACAAUAUCUACCGCGGGGCGUGACUUAAAGCACGAAAUAAAUAUACAAGCAUUUGAUUCCUUAGCGGCGUAUAGUAGUAACGCCGAGCUUUCGAGCUUUUGUCUUCUGAUAUUUCCGAAAAUUGCUUCUUCGCGUUAAAACAUAUAAGUUUCUCAAAACAAAUUCAAAAAAAUCCAAAAUGUUGUUGCCGGGAUACUCGACUCCAGAAUCGGGAGUUUUUCUUCAUCAAAUAACCAAGUACCACUCUAACCAAGUGCAGAGCCGAGUGUCACAAGCCAGAAGCUCCAUCCAGGAAAUUUGCAAAAUCCUCCAGGAAAUCCUGAAAGAAGUGGAGUCUCAGGAGCCAAGGUUCGUUUCUUCCUUGAACGAGUGCAACAGCAAGUUCGAGGGCCUGGAAGUGAUAACACCGUUCGAGUUCGAGGUGGUCUUGUACCUGAACCAAAUGGGAGUGUUUAAUUUCGUGGAUGAUGGCACCCUGCCGGGUUGCGCCGUUCUCAAGCUGAGCGACGGAAGAAAACGGUCCAUGUCCCUCUGGGUCGAAUUUAUCACCGCAUCCGGGUACUUGUCUGCCAAGAAAAUAAGGUCCAGGUUCACGGGUUUGGUCUCCCAAAUUUGCAAGGAAAAAUAUUUUUCUGGUGACGUCAAAGUCUUGACUGAUCAUGUUGAGGUUAAACUGAAGAUCAGGGACAGGUGGAUGGUCCAGAUUACCCCCGCCUUCAAGUGCUCCGGCGUGUGGCCAAGGUCAGCCAGCCAGUGGCCGUACAACAAUUUACCGAUUGGGGACCAGAAUCCAAGAUUUUGGCCCUACAAUGAUUUGGUAGUGGAGGUUAAGAAUGAAGGGUUUGAUUUGUUAUCGAAAGAUUGUGCUGUUAGGAGAGGGAACAAGCAGUCGACACUAGAUGGCGACGCCUGGUUACUGUCUUUCUCGAAUGCGGAGAGAAGGCUGAUACAGGGCAAUGGAAGGAGAAGAUGCUUGAGUAUCUUGAAGACUCUCAGGGACCGGCAUCUUGAUUUGCCUGAGGAUCCCGUGACUAAUUAUCAUAUGAAGACUCUUUUGAUGUAUGAGUGCGAAAAGCAUCCUUUGGAGGCAGAAUGGGACGAAAGUUGUCUUGGAGAUAGAAUUCUGGGAAUUUUUGUGCAGUUGAUUUCGUGCUUGCAAUGCCGAAAGUGUCCCCAUUAUUUUUUGCCUGCGCUGAAUUUGUUCAAAGGAAAGAGGGCUAGUGUGUUGGAAAGUGCCUCGAAACAAGUCUGGAGGGUUGUUAGGGAGUUGGUUACUAAUUCGCGAGCGUUUGAAGCUUUGUAAUGGGUGAAAUUAUUGAAGAUAUUGGUAGCGAACUGGAUCAAAAAACGAAAUUUUAAUGUCAAGUGGAAGUUUUGUGAAGAUUCAUAAAUGUGAAAUUGAAAGACGAAUUUUUGAAAAUUCGGGGUUAUUUUAACUUGGUGAUUGUAAAACAAAUUUUAAGUGAC